AUGCCGUUGAACAUCGAGGACGAAGACCUCUACGCCAGCAGCACGACCGCGCCGCCGGAGAAGAGGGGACUGACAAGCCUGUCUUACAACCUCUUCACCUAUUGGGUCCUUGAUCAGCAGCGACAGAAUUUCCUCUCCAAGCACGGUCGCUUCGAGCUUUCUUGGCUAACAAAUUCUGCCAUGUCGUCAACAACUAAGGAUGACAUGUUAUCGCUACUCGAGGAUGGCGUCAAUCGUCACUUCGUACAGUUUUGUGAUCCCAUCAAUCCUUUGCAUGUUCUCCUCCAGCUUCUGACACGAAGCUUCAUCACGAACAUGCAGUUGCGCGUGAUGCACGGCCGUGCGUGUACUCAGGGCGACAGCGAGCAUCGCACAAUACUCCUUAAUGCAUCAAUGCAGUCUCUGCGAUACCACAUUGCGCUCAUGAGCCAAACUUCUCUCUCAUGCUACCAGUGGUUGACAAGAGCAGCAGAACACGUCGUCGCCGCAUGGAAGGCAUAUCCAGGACGUUUUGACGGUCAGCUCUUGAGGCAGCCACCCUUCAUCUUAGAGGUUGCGCAGCGACUCACUACCCACCGAGCUGGUCUAGACCCUGGAUCUAUGCAGCCCGACUAUACGCCACAAGAGUACAAAGAGGAGGUGCUCGAAACCCCGGCUGAGAUGCCUGAAGGCACUUUCUUUGACGCGGAAUUCGACUUCGAAUUCGACAUGGAACUACAAGACAUAGACUGGAGCUUCUGGAGCAGCAUAGACUGA